GCAAGGUCAGUGACCUUUUGUGAGCGUGUUGAGUGGGGAGAGAGACGCAGAAUAUGGAUGCCAAAGCUUUCUUCCUAUUUGCUUUAUUAUCUCUCUCAGCUGUGUCUCUGAGGACAGCUUUUGCGGAAGAUGAGAAAGACCCAGGUCUUAUUAUGAACUUCUACAAGGACACGUGCCCUCAAACUGAAGAUAUUAUCAGAGAACAAGUAAAGCUUCUGUACAAGAGACACAAGAACACUGCAUUUUCAUGGCUCAGAAACAUCUUUCAUGACUGUGCUGUUCAGUCGUGCGAUGCUUCACUGCUGCUGGACUCAACCCGGAGGACCUUGUCUGAGAAGGAGACGGACAGGAGCUUUGGCCUAAGGAACUUUAGAUACCUUGAUGCAAUCAAAGAAGCUGUAGAGAGGGAAUGUCCUGGAGUAGUUUCCUGUGCAGACAUCCUUGUGCUGUCUGCUAGAGAUGGCAUUGUUUCGCUAGGAGGUCCUUACAUCCCUCUAAAAACUGGAAGAAGAGAUGGAAGGAAUAGCAGAGCAGAUGUGGUCGAGCAGUAUCUCCCGGACCAUAAUGAGAGCAUCUCUGUCGUUCUAGAGAGGUUUGCUGCCAUGGGUAUUGACACCCCUGGAGUGGUUUCCUUGCUAGGAGCUCACAGUGUUGGUAGAACACACUGUGUGAAGCUUGUGCAUCGUCUCUACCCGGAGGUAGAUCCAGUGCUAAACCCUGACCAUGUUGAGCACAUGCUCUAUAAGUGCCCUGACUCAAUCCCAGACCCUAAGGCUGUGCAAUACGUGAGAAAUGACCGUGGCACACCCAUGAUACUAGACAACAACUACUAUAGAAAUAUAUUGGACAACAAGGGCUUGUUGACAGUGGAUCAUCAACUAGCCACAGACAAGAGGACAAAGCCUUACGUGAAGAAAAUGGCCAAAAGCCAGGACUACUUCUUUAAGGAAUUUGCUAGGGCUAUCACCAUUCUGUCUGAGAAUAACCCACUCACUGGUACCAAAGGUGAGAUCAGAAAACAGUGCAAGAGCUCAACUUUUCUUCUCUCUUUAUGUGAGGAAGAAGAGUGAGAAUUGAAGAAUAAGGUGGCUUGCUUUGGAAUUUGGCCCUUGUUAUUGCUAUGCCAGCAACUAAUGUGGUGAGAUAUUAAUGAAGACGGUUUAAUUA